GUAUUGCCGUCAGAUGGCGUUGACAGAAGAAAUAAUUAAUAUUUUGACUACAUCUUUAGGAUAAAAUUAGCUGUAUUUAAGAAAUUUAUCCGUAAUUUUUAAGAUGUCUUUCAAUAACUAGUUAUUUUCUGAUUUGAUUCUUCAACGGUUAGAUUUUAAAUAGUUUCUACUUAUAAAGAAAGAGAACUUGAGGCUUCAUUUCGUUUGGAUCUUUUCUUUCACAAUGAAUUCAAAGAGUGUUCGAUAUAAACAAAUUCCUUUGGCGGAUGAAGACGAAAGUGCAAUACAAUUUCACUCAUCAUUCUCGUAUGCUUCUAUCAUGGAUUACUCUUCGGCAUUCAAAUACUCGUCACAGAACACGCCCGUAGCAGAUGACGAAGAACCGUCCAAGAGUUAUGGAAUGAUUUUAUAUAUAUGCAGUAAAAUAAUAUUAGUGUUCUCAAUUGCAAUAAUCAUCGUGACAAUGCCUAUUUCUCUCUUAUUCACUCUGAGGACAGUUCGAGAAAAUGAAAAUUUAGUAGUUUUCCGGCUUGGACGUUAUUAUAAAACUUAUAAGCCUGGUAUCAGAUUUCGUAUCCCAUGGCUAGAUAAAUGUACAAGAGUUCAAAUGCAGCAAAAAGCAUUUAGUAUUCCACCCCAGAAACUUCUUACUCAAGAUGGAGCAGCUCUACAAGUGGGAGCUGAUGUAUUUUACAGGAUAUCCCAACCAGUUCAAUAUAUUUCAUCCGUGAAAGACUUGAAUCAUUCCCUUCGAGAACUAUCACAUUCUAUUCUUUGCUCUGAACUCUCCCAACGUUACCUAUCGGACAUAGAAUCAAACAAGAAUGAGGUUGUUAACGCCACACGAAAUUCUAUUAUGAAAUUUUCACAAGAUUGGGGGGUAACCGUCGAACGCGUUGAAUUGGGUGAUAUACUAGUUGUAGAGGGAUCAAAAAAUCCUCUAUCUCAAAUUUCUCCGUCCCUUCAAGCAAUCGGAUCAAUCUUGCUGCCCCCGGGUGCAACAAGACCGACUCAGGUUCUUGGAUCCAGUAAACCGGCGGAAAAAGUCGAACAAGAAGAAAAUAUCGAUAGCCUUAUUGGAAAAAUUAGAAAUAUUUUAGAUAAGGAGCUUGUGAGAGAAAUAUCUGCAAUAUAUUCUUUCUCGAUUGCACAAGAAGAUACGAAUACGACGUUAAAUUAUUUUCUCGAUUUGAAAAACGGUACAGGUUCAAUAGGAGAAGGAUCGAUUAAAUCACCAGAUGUUACUUUUACACUAACAUCAAAUACGCUAAAAAAGUUGCUAGACGGUGAAGGAUCAGCUUUCGACGCCUAUAUGAAUGGAGAGUUAGGAGUAGAAGGAAGCUUACUGCAGGCAAGAAAACUGGAUACUUUGGUUGAUCGUUACAAAAACAAAGUGUGUAUUGCAUAA